GCCCAGGGGACCAUGGGCGCCUCCAGGCUCUACACCCUGGUGAUGGUGCUGCAGCCCCAGCGGGUCCUGCUGGGCAUGAAGAAGCGGGGCUUCGGCGCCGGCAGGUGGAAUGGCUUCGGAGGCAAAGUCCAAGAAGGGGAGACCGUCGAGGACGGCGCCAAGAGGGAGCUGCAGGAGGAGUGUGGCGUGACCGUGGACACGCUGCACAAGACGGGCCACAUCCUGUUUGAGUUCGCGGGUGAGCCUGAGCUGAUGGACGUGCACAUCUUCUGCACAGACAGCAUCCGGGGGACGCCCACGGAGAGCGAUGAAAUGCGGCCCCAGUGGUUCCCCCUGGACCAAAUCCCCUUCGCUGACAUGUGGCCGGAUGACAGCUACUGGUUCCCCCUCCUGCUUAAGAAGAAGAAAUUCCAUGGGUACUUCAAGUUCCAGGGCCAGGACACCAUCCUGGACUACAAGUUGUGCGAGGUGGACACAGUGUAGAGACAGCAUUGCCCGGCCCCUGGGCUGCGACACCUGCCGCCGGCCACCCAGCUGUGCUGUGGGCCCACCAGGUGAGCCCCGCCUGGGUUUUGUAUUUGGAAUGUGAUUGGAUGGGAAGAAAAAUAAAUGUUUUUCACUUUUCAA